CAAUGGCCGUCUCCAGUAACUUCCUUCUUUUCUCGGCUUCUCUCUUGUUCUUCACGGUCUCUCCUUCAAUCCAAGCUUCCUUUAGGCCUAAAGCAUUAGUCCUUCCUCUCACAAAAGAUGCUUCGACAACCCAAUAUGUCACUCAAAUCAAGCAAAGAACCCCAUUGGUGCCCAUCAAGUUGUCUCUUGAUCUCGGUGCUGAAUCGCUGUGGGUCGAUUGUGACCAAAACUAUGUCUCCUCUACCUACAAGUCCGCCCGUUGUAACUCGGCUCAAUGCAACUUGGCAAGGUCCAAGGCUUGUGGAAGUUGCUCCGAUGGCCCCAAGCCUGGCUGCAACAAUAAUAUUUGUAGUCUCCUCCCAUCCAACAGCUUUAAAAACGUCGGCACCAUUGGCAAGGUUGCACAAGAUGUUGUGGCGGUCCAGUCGACGGACGGAAAGAGUUCCGGGAAAGUAGUUUCGACGUCGAAGUUUCUCUUCACUUGCGGUGCCACUUUUCUCCUAGACGGUCUUGCUAGUGGAGUUAAAGGUGUUGCCGGUCUUGGUAGAACAAAGAUUUCAAAACCUCGAUCUCGGUCUUAA